AUGAUGCUUGCUUAGUGAGGAAUACAGGCAAUGUCCUUUCAUAAUGUUUUGUACAGUAAUAAUUAGUGCACAUUUACAGUCAUUCAUUGUAUAUUUCGCAACUGAUAGAUGGAAAUUCUUAAUUUUUCUUUAGUGGUGGUUUAACUGAAUAAUAAAUAAUUUUGGAAAAGGAAUGAUGUCAAGAUACAACUACACGUUGAGUUCUCCUCACAAAGUGUAUCUGUCUGAAACUGUGACGUUGUCUGGAAUGCAGUCAUCUUAUUCAUCACACUAUCUCAAAUACUCUGCAGAGGAACUUCUUUCUUACAAAAAAGGAAAAACAAAAUCUUCUGAAGCUCAAAGACUCUGUCAGUCUUUGUUACGAGAUGCUGCAUUGUUUGCAAAAAUAUGGAACAAGGCUCCACUUCUUUCUGAGAUCGCAUCGAACAAACAAGAUAAAUUUUUCUCCUACAUAGCAGCACACGCUCCACACAUAGCAGGAAGACGCAAUGAACUGUGGGUCCGUUUGGGAAGAAUGCUUCAAAACAGACGGAAAUAUCUUAAUGAUAUUGAAAUAGGAAAACGAAAGAAACCAUUAUCUACAUGUGCUAGUAUUUCUCCUUUGAAUGGUCGUAACAUAAGUGCAGUUAAAAUUGAAAUGGAUUGUGACACAAUCAAUCAACAUGCACGUACAGAUAUAUCACAGUACAUACAUAUGAAUAAUUUUGGAAAUCAGAAUAAUUCUGUGUCUUCCUUGCAAAGUAAGCUUGCGUCUGCCAGGCAGUGGCAUGGGGAAGUGAAGUCAUCCAACUGGACUGGUUCAUUUACAAGGGACAAAUCUAGCACUAAUGCUGAUUGGGCUAACAGUGGAUUGGGAGAUGAAUGUAUUAAACAGGAGGAUGGAGAAGGGGAUUGUUCAGAUUACGACUGGCAACCACCAUCAGAAGCUGAAAUGAAGCUGAUUCGAGCACGGCGUGACCGAUCAGACAAGAUCAGCAAGCUGAUGGGAGAUUACCUGCUGAAAGGAUACAAGAUGCUGUCUACAGUGUGCGACUGUGGAACUAUCCUCCUUCAAGAUAGAAAUGGAGACGAUUACUGUAUUGCAUGUAAUGAACUGGAUUCUGACACAGAGAAAGAUGAUCCAUUAACCAAUGAAGCAGCAGCCCUUGCACAGGUGCGAGAACAAGAACUAGGAUUGUUGCGAGAGGGUGGUGCAUCCCCAAUGUCUUCUGUUUCAGACAGCCCCCAGGUGCCUGUCAGUGAGAGGUUUUUAACACCUUCCACUGGCGCAACCAAACUGAAGACAUCUAACUCAACACAUGAAGUGCUACAAAGACCAGCAAAUUGUUCAGUGCUGCAUAAUGAAAUCCAGUGCAGUGUCGGUGAUUCUCAGUCUGUGGUAGACCAUGUGGACGCACUGAAUACACUGAACAAGAAACUUUGUUGGGCAACCAGCGAGUUGGAUAAAACUGCCAGUGUGGAAUACAGCAUCCAGUUGUGUAAUUUGAUCAAAUCAUGUGCCAGUGCUAUUCAAGCUCUGAAGGAUUUGUAGCACAGACUGAUUUUCCUCCGUAAAGAUAAGAAUAGUUCAGAUAUGAAAUUUCUCUAGAUGUUGCCCAAAUUCCAGUUUUAAGAACCACCUGAAAACUGUUCAUACCCUUGUUCUUUAAUAAAAGCAUAAAGGAACUGCAAAA